AUGUUUACAACAUGGAAGGCGGGCAACGAGAAGAUUUCAUCCGUAUUAGCCAUUCCGGAAAGUGACCAAUUACUAACAGCAUCAAAGAACAUCAAACUGUGGGACACGCAAACUAAGGAAGUGCUGCGAACGUUCGUCGGGCACAAAUCCGAAGUCACUUGUCUACGUUUCGUUUGUCCCCGACCCUCCGGCGAAUCCUAUUUCCUAUCCGGAUCGAAGAACGAUCGAGUGGUAAGUUGCUGGAGCUUAAGCGACGGUGCUUCGGAGAAAAACGCCAUCGCGAACUUCCAAAUGGAGGAUGUUCUGCAGUCCGUUUCGAUAAGUACAGGCAGCGAUGGGGCUACUCACAUGGCUGCUACUGUGAGAAGUGGAGCGAUACACAUCUAUAGGCAAACUCUAAAUGGUAAACCGGGGAAGCCGAUCAAACCCAAAACCACAAUUCAAGUGGUAUCGGACACGGGACAAAGCAAAGAAAUCGUAGCUCCUAUAAAAGUCCUCGGAGCUUUCUACAAGGACACCGAAACGAUUUGUUUGGGAUACGGUUCCGAAAUACUCCUCACCUUCGAGAACAUCCUAAUCGAUACUAAUAAGAAACUACAGUGCCUUGUAAGAGAACCCUCUCAGACCUCUACCAAUCAAGACCAAGCCGCUAAAGUCGUGAAACCCGUCGUCGACGAUACCGUCGAAUACUUGACCUCGGAGACCUCCAAAGUAGCCGCUACGAAGAGGAAAAUCGACGGGAACGUCGACGUGCCGAUGGAAAAACAGCUGGAAAAUCUGACGUUGGAUCAAACGGACAACGCCAAAGCGCUUACGGCGGGCAGCGUGGCGCAUUUACUCGUACAAGGCUUGCACAGCAAAGACAAGAAGAUAUUGCGCACGGUUUUGUACCAGAAGGACGAAGAAACGGUGAAGAACACCGUCAGGCGGUUGCCCAUCACCGCUUUGGUUCCACUCGUUCGAGAACUUAGCAAUUACGUUCAAGGGAAAACUCUAUCGAGUCAAGUGGGAUGUUUGUGGUUGAGGCACAUCCUGCAAACGCAUUCGGGCGUCUUGAUAUCGAAUCCUGAGCUGCCGGAUUUGUUCGGUUCCUGCUUGGGGCAUAUAGAAAACCGGCUGUCCUUGUUUACGCCGUUGAGCACGUUGAAAGGUCGAUUGGAUUUGGUGUUGCCCCAAGUUAGCGGUGCUUUGAAGCAGGAUUUCAGCGAAAACGAGCAGCCUCUUUUAAUCUACAACGAUAGAGAUUCGAGCGAAUCGGAGGAAGAGGAAGACAUGCAAAUGGACGGGCAAUCCGAAAGCGCGAGUGAGUGGGAAGAAGAGAGCGACAUCGACGAGAAUCAUGUGAAUGAAAAAUCCGAAUCGGAGGGCGAGGAGUCGGACGGAUCGGUCGCGAUGUCCACGUAA